AAGCCCGAGGAUGCGGUAACCGGCCCCACGCACAGCAUCGUUCCUCCUCCACGGCGGCAUUGGUGUUUGCGUUUUUCACGGCUGGUCAGACGAUUGGUUCGGUAAGUUUGGGAUUGCCUUGGUUUUUUUUUUUUUUUUUUUUCUUCUUUUUUUUUCGGGGUGUCUUGGAUUUGCCUUGGCGCACGGAAAGAAGACGCGUAAGGGUCGAGGAGAGAGAGGAGAAAGGAGGGGGAGAGGGAAACACAGGAGAAGCCUCCAUGUUUCAACUGCCCAUCUUGAAUUUCAGCCCCCAGCAGGUCGCCGGGGUCUGCGAGACUCUGGAGGAGAGCGGGGACGUCGAGCGUCUCGGCCGCUUCCUCUGGUCUCUGCCCGUUGCGCCGGCGGCCUGCGAGGUCCUCAACAAGAACGAGUCCGUGCUGAGGGCCCGGGCCGUGGUCGCCUUCCACACCGGUAAUUUCCGUGAACUGUACCACAUCCUGGAGAACCACAAGUUCACCAAAGAGUCGCACACGAAGCUACAAGCGCUGUGGCUCGAAGCGCACUACCAGGAGGCUGAAAAGCUGCGUGGACGCCCGCUGGGGCCCGUGGACAAAUACAGGGUGCGUAAGAAGUUCCCACUACCCAGAACCAUUUGGGAUGGAGAGCAGAAAACCCACUGCUUCAAGGAGAGAACCCGGCACUUGUUAAGAGAAUGGUAUUUGCAGGAUCCGUACCCCAAUCCCAGUAAAAAGAGGGAGCUUGCACAAGCCACUGGACUUACACCCACACAAGUAGGAAACUGGUUCAAAAAUCGCAGACAAAGAGACAGAGCAGCGGCUGCGAAGAACAGGCUCCAGCAGCAGGUCCUGUCCGGCGGCUCGGUUCGCUCCCUGGCGGACGAUGACGGCACGGUGGACCGUCUGGGGAACUCGUCCAGUCCGGAGGCCAGUCUGUCGAGCAAAGCAGCCGCCUCGGCCAUCUCCAUCACCUCCAGCGACAGUGAAUGUGACAUCUGACGGGCAGAUCAAGGGUGUUGAUGAAUUAAGGGGAUGCGAGUGAAAGACAAUCUAAUAAAACAAGUCAUAGUGCCUGCGUUGAGUAAAAAGAAAACACACACUCACACAUACAAACUGAUAUUUGACGGCUGCCAAAACAUGAGGAGGUCUGCGGCGGACUGCCUGUCCUUAUCCUUUAGGCCUAUACUUUUCUUAUUGUUUGCGUUUUACCCAGGUGUGGAUAACUGAACUUAAUACGGACGAAGCAUAUUUCACGGACUAAUAAUCCAACAACCCGAGAUGACAAGUAAAGAAAAGAAAAAAAAAAAAAAAAAAAGGAAGAAAAUGAAGGGGAAAAAAAAUGGAAAGGAGGAUGAAGACAUACAUCCGAGCGCCUAACCUGCUGUUCUCUGUGGGUAUUUCAUGUUGAAAAAGAACUGUGAUAUUUUUACUUUACUUUCAAAGUUUUAUAAAUAAUGUUUAUUUGCCUAUUUAAAACGAUCUGCUCUGUCUCUUCGAGUUUCAUAUUCAUUUGCUUGGUGUUUUUAAUACUUAGCCUACCUUGUACACAGGUGAACCUGUUGAGCAUGCGCGCUUUAGUGAAAUGUGUUUCAGUAAAAGAAAAAAAAAGUAAAGAUAACUUAAUAAAAUAAUUGUUGAUCAAGAGAGUAAAGGUUAAGUCUUUUUUUGCAGUGUGGGGGAAAAUAAUGCAGAUAGGUUAUGUGGAGAAUGUUUUUAUCCCUUUAUGAUGCCCAUAGAUUUUUUUAUUUUUUUUUUUUCAUAGGGUGAAAACCUACAGCACAGUGAUAUAUAGGCUGACACGUUUUAGAGCGAAGCCUAAUUGGCCAACAUGCUUUGCGUCCCGUAAUGCAGGGUGACAGGGAGAGGUCACCGAGAGGCCGACUCACUAACCCGGAUGAUCUGCGAUAGAGAUCAUGGAGAUCAAAACACAGCAGAUUGUGGAAAUUGGUUUUAUUCUGCCCGUGGUGGACGAGAGACAAUGAACUGUCGUCUCAAAUCGUGCAAGUGUUCAUUUUCCCAAGACACCCCGUCUUUAAUUUAGUCAUGUAGGCCGUGCGUGCGGAUGCAUCUCUUUAAUUAACGCCAAGUGGAUGCAGCCUCUGCGUAAAAACAGAUGCAUGCAUCUACUUCUUCUGCUCACAUAAUAUUCUGUUAAAUUUUAGAUGUUACAGGAAAUAUAGCCUGCAAUUUAUUAUUACAUGAAUGUUUUAAUUUUAAUUUAGACUGCAGGAAUGUGUUAAAAUGUCUGUAUCUAAAUACGUGUUUGCCACAAAAAUAUAAUAUGAGCAGCCUCGUGCCGUUGUAUUUAGCUGCUUCACUGCAAAUUAGGUAUUUUUUAUUUUUAGUUUACAGCAUGAAAUCUGGAAUGACACUAUAGGAUCCCUUUGGUUGCACCAAAUUAGACUUACUUUUUUUUUUUUUUUUUUAAGAAAAAAAAAAAGGCUUAUAAAUGUGUUUAAUAAGAAAAUCAAAGAGAGCAAAGCAGGCAAAAAGUUAAAGUCCACCUUUUCUAACUGAUGGGACAGAAACCUGUUUUUUUCCCCCACUUUUCAUUUAAUUUGGCCACAGUAACUUCUGAAACCGACAAAACCAUUUAAGGCUGAGCACCACAAAAGCCAAGUCCGAAUUUGAAUGAAGAGAGAGGAAACAAGUCAGUGAAGGCAAACAAAUAGGGUUGUGGGCCUUUUUUUUUUUUUUUUUUUUUUUUUUUUUGCUGCAUGCUUCUUUUUCAAACCGCCGGGACAAAAUGGCUGAAUAUUUCCGUUUCUAUUGAGAAGAAGGUCGACAGGGGGACGAGAUGAAAAAGUCUUUCUCGCAGUCAAUAAGGUUGUCAAACCGGUCAGCGGUAAUCAGCGCUAAUGAUGGGUCUGGGGUCCCCGCUCGGACAAAGGGGCCCCGCCGAUGUUUUGUGAAGGGGAAGCGACCGCGGGUCCCUCUGCAAAAGAAAAGACUUCUGUAAGGGGUAGUCUGGGGCCACGGAAAUCACAACUUCUCUACCGGGUUGUGUGCGUGCGUGCGUCCGCGUGUGCGCCGCGGAGUGCGCUCACGGCUCGGCCUAUUAAAAGGAUUUAAUUACCAUCUGAUUCUGACUUGUGUAGUCUCAGAGCCAUAUCUCAUGGGCCCCAAUACAUAAAGUAGCCUCUUGAAUAUACUCUAUAGGCGGCUGUAAAUGAGUUUGACAACGACUUCAUUUUCUCUGACAUAUUGCUGAAGUUGUUACAGGAAUAAUUUAAUUCGGUUGAAAGACGCGCGGAAGUUUCAAUGGAUUAUUUUAAUAAAGGACAAGUUAAGAGUGGAUAGAUAGCCCAAGUGCUGAUAACUUGUAUAAGCAGAGACUCUUUCAACUUAGUUGUGAUUCCGAUGUAUUGAAGGUCGGGCUGUAGCCUUGACUGUACAUUUAUUUUUUAACUUUUGUUUUAUUGUGAUUGACUUUGUCAGCGUAAAUGACAGCAGAUCAUGACAGUAAUGUCUGUUUGGAUGGUUUCUAUUCCACCAUUUCAUCUGCGCCUGAUUGGACAUGUAUUACACAUAUUGCUGUGAAUGAAUAUUACUGGACUGCUUUUACCAAUGCUUUCUUUAUUAUUAAGUUAUUUUACUUGCUUGCGGGUCGAUCUAUUGAUACAACGCGAUAAAAGUAAACAAAAUGACUCCAGAUUGGCGCAUAGUGAUGAUGAUAAUAUUUUCAUAAGGAUGCGUAAUAUGUUACUUACACUUUGGUGAUAUCUGGCCUAUAUCUUUUGAGUCA